AUGACUCGAAGAUCAUUUCAAGUGUGGAUUUUCCUGCUGUGUGCUUAUCAACUCUUUUCACGCGCAACAGCUGAAAACAAAGACCAGAAAGUCAUCCCAGCUGAGUCUGGAGGGAAUGUCACUCUGCCAUGUCGAGCUCCAGAUAAGGACAUUCCCAUCAUAGUUGUAGAGUGGAGCAGAGCUGACCUGGAAGAUGAUUAUGUCCUUUCCUACCGGGAUGGGCAGUUUGAUCCUGAGGACCAGCAUCCAUCUUUUAAGAACCGGGUGGAUCUGCAGGACAGACAGAUGAAGGAUGGAGACGUUUCUUUGAUUCUGAAGGAUGUGACGAUUAAUGACACUGGAACAUACGAAUGUCGUGUUGUUCAGAGAAGAACAAGCCGCAGGAAGAGAGCUCAUCUGAAGACUCCCCCCAUCAGCAUCAUCACUCUGAGUGUUGUUGAUCCUCCAGGUCACACAGGAGGACAAACAGAGGAUGGAGGGAAGGAGGAUGAAGGGGAGAAGGAUGGAGGGAAGAAGGAUGGAGAGGAGGAUGGAUCUGUUGGACUGAAAGUUGAGGCCAGUAAUGUUGUGGGGAUGGAGCUGGACUCCCUUAGAUUGGUGUCUGAGAGGCAGAUGUUGUCCAAGAUAAAGACAAUGUUGGAUAAUACCUCCCACCCACUCCAUGACAUGCUGGCUACUCACAGGAGCAUGGUCAGUGAGAAAAGCAGCACUGAACGACACAGGAAAUCAUUCCUGCCCGUGGCCAUCUCCCUGUACAACUCCUCCAUCUAA